AUGGCAGCUCAGGUCCCACUUCUGCAAACUCGAAAGCCUUCAGUGGAGCGGUCCCUAUUCCGGGAAACCAGCGGGGAGUUCUGUGGAACAGAGGAGAGGCUGGGCCCUGUGGGCGGGCCCCUUUGGGGGCGGGCCCUCCUCCCCAGGAGGGCCCGCCCCCAGAGGGGCCGCGAGGAUAUAAACCCCUGGCGGAGCUCCCCUCCCCAGAAGCCGCCCAGCAGCACCAUGACAGCCACCAGCCUCCCCCUGACAGGCCUCCUGUGCCUCCUGCUCGUCUGCCACCUGAACGGGCAACAACCACGCGGUAGUAAGUGUUUGUGUGCAAACAAAGGUGCCAACCAUGUGAAAGAAAGAGUGAAGAGCUUCGAGGUGUUUCCAGCAGAUCACUCGUGUCACAGGGUCGAGAUUCUGGUCACCAGCGCCUCAGGGAAACAGUGUUUGGACCCAGCGUCCCCCAGGGGCCGACGACUCCUCACCGUGUGGAACAAGAAGAACAGGAAAACAGCACCUCCAACGGUCAUGUGACCGCUUGAACCAAUCAGGGCCUGGAUCCGCACAGGCUGCCUUCUCUGGGCCAACCAACCAAUCAUGAACCGUGAGGAACUAGUGUCCGAACUGAGCAGAGAGCUGUUUGGUUAGUCACUAACUGACAAGCGAGCUGUUUGGUUAGUCACUAACUGACCAGAGAGCUGUUUGGUUAGGCACUAACUGACCACAGAGCUGUUUGGUUAGUCACUAAGACACUAACUGAGCAGAGAGCUGUUUGGUUAGUCACUAACUGACCACAGAGCUGUUUGGUUAGUCACUAACUGACCACAGAGCUGUUUGGUUAGUGAAUGUACAUUAAUAACAUAAUGUAAAUAACAUUGAUUACAUUAAUAAUGUAAAUACAUUUAUGGAAAUUGUUGAUGAAGUGUAUGUACUAGGUUUAAUGUUGCACAUUUCCUACUAAUAAAAGUCUUACCAAAAGGUCUUGUUUGACAUCAUUCA